CGAGGAAAGCCCAGACAUUAUCGGUGGAUCACAACGAGAACGAGAAUCGGCUGCUCUCUUCGCAGCCCACUGACCUGUCAAUCUCGGAGGAAUCUCCGCCUCGAUCAGAUAGCGCAUUCGAGAGGGGCUAAUUUUUGAAACGCAGAGUUGAAUCAUCAGCAUCAUUAUCAUAUUUAUGAACGAGUGGAUCAUUCGUGGCCAGAUCACGCCAUUCUUAGCCUUCUGACUCCAUCAGCUAGUCAAGCAACAGUGGCACUUUCCAUCGGCACUCCCAUUCCUCCUGGCUGGGAAUUCCACAAAAUAAACGAUUGAUGUGAUCCGUUGUCUACCCCGAUCCAGUUGACAGCAAAAUGCGGGUUACGCUUUUAGGUAUACUGUCCUGGUCUUUGCAAGUGGCCGGGACGAUCUUGCAGAAUGGUCAGCCCAGAGAGAACCCGUACCCAGGGCAAGCACCCAAGAUCUUUCUCGACGAUACUUGGAACAUUUACGGUCCUGAUGUACAGGAAAUUGCCUACAAAGGGCGAUGGGACAGCCAGCAUGUCUCUUGGUGGUCGGCGCCCGGAAUCAAAGUGGAGUUUACUGGAGAUAAGCUUGCCGUGAGCUUUGGUCCCAGCACCACAGAUGGCGUUCUCGUCGCCUAUAGGCUCGGAUCUCUCGAUUGGCAAUUUUCCAACGUUACCGCCGAUGCAACGUAUCAGUUUGUCGGCAAUUGGACAGAGCUGAACGAUGAAGAGAUCCAGGAGAAGAAAAUCUUUGAGAUGCGAGUCACCAACUGGGGCUUCGGAGUCCAAAUAGCCGGUGUUGCUACCGCGAACAAUGCAGAGCUUACAGUGCCUCCUAAAUUCGACAAGAAAGUGGAGGUUAUUGGAGGAUCUAUUGCUAGUGGUCAGUACGGCACGUACGAGACCAUCUCAUCCUGGGCAUAUAUGUUCGUAGCUGGGCUAGGCAACGUCGAACACACCAUCACAGCCUACCCGGGUGCAUGCUUGACUGAUAAAGCAUGCUAUGGUGGUGACGUUCACGGCAUGACAUGGUACUGGCACCAAGCCUCUGAUCCCGGCAGCCGCGCACACCAAUUCUACGGCAACGAGCCCGAAGGAUGGGACGUCACCGCCGAACAACCCGCCGACCUAGUCCUAAUCCAAAUGGGUGGCAACGACUUCCGACACCCCAACGAAGUCCCCGGCAAGGAUUUCUACCACGCAUACGUUGACUUGAUUGAAGAUAUCCACAGCGCCUGGCCCCAUGCGGUAGUUCUCAUUGUAUCUCAAUGGGGCUCCUUCGUCAGGAAAGGAAUGACCCACCAACCGACCCAGGUCUACGAAGAAGAAGCCAAGAAAGUACACGAGCAUUUCCUGGACCGCGGCUUCGUCUAUUAUUUCGAUACAACGGGUAUCUUGCAAUACAAUGAUAUCAAUCCUAAGAAUCAUCCGACGGAUGUUGGACAUAUCAAGUUGGCGAGUCACUUGUUGCAGUGGGUGAGGCUUGUGUUGCGGUGGAAGCUUGAGCCGCUUGGGGAGGUCCAGCAUGGAACUCUUUACUGGAAUGACCAGCAAGAAUAUUAGACACUGAGUCUAUGGCUUGUUUGAGGACAAGCUUGUGGUGACUCUUUUUGAUUCGAUUUGUAUUAUAUAGCCAGUGAAUAUGGAUAUAGGUAAACAUUGUUGGGUUGUGUAUCCUAUUACUCGGAUAGGUCAGUGUGGGUUUGGCCACAGGGCCCUCUGUCCAUCAACGUUCAUUUUCCAAGGUCCAACUACGCAAAGCUAAUCAGGCAAGCUCGCUGACGUAGCUUAGCUCGAAGUAACUUUGAAACAAAGUCUGCCAAAG